CUGACUGGGAACUCGUAGGUGAUAUAAUUACUGUCUUGCUCGUCUAUUCUGUUAGAUUAGAAACUAAAUCAAGGUGCAGAAGCGUAGAGACCUUCAAGUUCGAACAAUUCUUUCUUAUAGUUAAG